AAACGCAGCGUAUUACGAGAGCAAGGUUCGAGAUGCGAAAGCGGAGAGAACUAAAGUCGAGGCGCAGAUUCGACUCGAAGUCACGCGAUUGCGAAAUCGUCAAAAGUCUUUUAAGGAUAGUGUCCCGGUGUAUAGUCAGGCACUAGUCGAUCUGGAAGCAAAGAAGGCUCAAUUGUUCGCGAUCCAAGACGCGGCGCACGCGAAAUUGAAGGCGAAACUCGCCGAAGAGGGAAGAAUUGAAGGCAGCGUUGUCGUGUCGACGCCUUUUGAGCGCGUCAUCGACCGUUCAAAUGUCGUGUGCGGGACGCUAUCUUCCAUGGCACAACUGGUUAAAAAGCCGUCAAACGCAGCACCGCGCGCUGCUGACUCGCGACCGUAUUGCUCAGUUCAACCUUUUGACGUCGUCAUCAUCGAUGAGGCGUCGCAAGCUGUCGAGCCGGCGGCGCUGAUUCCGUUGCAGUGGAUCAAGCCCGACGGCGUCAUAAUCAUGGUCGGAGAUUCGCAGCAGCUCGCACCGACUGUCAUCUCCAGAUCAGCGCAGCGAGCCUAUUACGGAUAUAGUCUUUUUGAACGUCUGUCUGACUGUGGUGUACCCACUUUUACGCUUCGGGAUCAAUAUCGCAUGCAUCCAGACAUCGUCAAGUUUCCGAGUGAACGCUUUUACAGAGGUUUACUGCGCAGCGGCGCCGGCGCUCUUUACGAAGAUCGCGUCGCGCCGUGGCACUCCUUCUCUAACUGCGGUCCGUAUCAGUUCUUCAACGUUAAGGGUCAAAUGAACCAAGAUCGCUACGAGACUGGCGCGCGCUCCUUCUCCAAUUCCGCCGAGGCAGAGUUCGCGUCGUAUUGUUACAAGAAAAUAGCCGUCUCGGCGCAACUCCACAAGAGUGAAGUGAAGGUUGGCAUCAUCACGCCCUACUUGGAUCAAGUGCGACGUUUGCGCGAUUUCGUGGAGCCAUUGUUGAAGAAAGAUGGCGCGCUUCGGACGUGGGCGCAUGUGACGUACGGUACCGUUGAUCAAGUGCAAGGACAAGAGUUCGACGCCGUGAUCAUCUCGUGCGUUCGCGCGUACCCCGAAGGCGACAAAGUCGCCCCCGAUCCGCCGAAUACGGAUAUCGGCUUUCUCAGAGACGAGCGACGAUUAAACGUGGCGCUCACGCGGGGUCGAUAUUCGACGUGGAUCGUGGGUUACGCCGAGGUGCUCAAACGCGAGGCCGUGUGGCUGGAUUUAAUCGAGAACGCCAAAACGCGAAACGUGUUCGUG